CACACCUCUGACAGCUGCAGAACAUGGACUCGACGAAUAAACAGAGCUCAAUUAGUGAACUUCAGGAGCAAAUUCGCUCUCUGACUGAAGAAAAUGUAAGGUGCAGCUGCGGGAACGAAAUGAAGUGCUGUUUCGUAAGCUUGACUCUGCCCAAAACAAACUGGGCCAGCAGGCUGCGUCAAAAAGCGACCUGUCAGUCAAACUGGUCCAGUGUGAAGAAGACAAACUGAAGAUCUCAAAAGACCUUGUUGAUGUGCAGAUUGAGGCUAAUAAAAUGAGAGAGCGGUAUGAAGCGGAGAUCUUUGAACUGAAAAACAUGGUUUUAUCUCAGGAGGGCACCGCCUCGUCUCUUCAGACAGAGUGUGACCGGCUCAGACAGGAAGUGUCGGCAGGAUCGGCACGUUUAGCAGUCAUAGAGCGAAACGAGCAUGACCUGGCCGAAGAGUACGCUGUGCUAAAGAGCAACUUCCUCUCGCUGAAUGGCGCUUAUGAAAGAGAACGCACGCACUCCGAGGAGCUCAGCGCUGAGCUGCUCGCCCUCGCUCACACACACGACACGCUCCUGCAGGAAAGAGAGCGCACGCACAGACACACACUGGAGGUGGAGAGGGUUCGAGCGCUGCUCAGCAGGACGUCCCAGAACAGAGUCAGGCCAGAGGAGUUUGGACAUAGCAAGAGCCCAGUGGAAAGAAACGGAGUGCAGAAUAACCUGAGAGAAGAGUUAGAAAAACUGAGGAAAAGCUAUGAGGGGCACCAACGACAACUAGAGGAGAAAGUUGUGGCCAUGGGGAGAGAACAACAGGAGAAUAAGAGAGCCAUUCAAAACACCCAACACGAACUGUCCCAGCAGUCAGCAACGCUGAUUAUAUCUCAACAUCAGCUGAAAGAGGCCGAAGCUGAGGUCUCUAAACUACAAAAUCAUCUGAAGGAGCUCAACAGAGAGUACAGGGCACGACUUACACGCUAUAUUCAAGAUGUUACAGAGUGUGUAACUGCAGCUGGUGAUGGUGAUUUGGGACAGAAGCUGAAGGGGUUUGUUGAGUCCAUGCUGGAGGAGGUGAAAACAUCCUAUCGGUCCAGAGAGGAACAGCUCACCAAAGCCGUCAGAACGUACCGCAAACGCAUACAGGGUCUGAGCAACACAUAUCAACAACUGCUCAUUGCUUACAGACUGCAACGUGAGCAGAUCCUGGCACUCCCUGAACACGCUUUAGAGGCCGGACCCCCUGAGGCCCACUUCAGUCCCGCGGGGACCGAACUGAGAGGAGAGACCGAGAGAGAACUACACAGACUGAGAGAGGACAAAGCCCGCCUGGAGAGCCAACUGAAACUGGCUCGAGAACAGAUGGCUGUUUUAACAGAGUCUCCUCAGAGGGUUGGACUAACCCAAGACUCCUGGAAUGAUGUUCAAAAGCAGAUCAGAGAAAUAACCAACUCUACACAGGAAACUCAUGAGAGGGAGCACACUCAACUGAUCACCAGGGCGACAGUUGCCGAAGAGCAGGUGUCUGAGCUGAAGGAGUAUGUGGACAAUCACCUGGGCAGGUAUAAACUGGAGAUAACGCGGCUGCGCAGGCUGCUGGGAUCACAGGAGGGAAGAUCAAAUAGUGCAAGAGCCCAGAAGCCCCGCCCACUCCACAAAUCGCUCAAAAGCACCAGUUAUGAAAUAUAACACUCCAGUUAGUAAGCCCCGCCCACUUCAAAAGUCACUCUAAAAUAGCAGUUAUAAAAUAUUGUGCCGCUAUCUGUAAGCCCUGCCCACUUCACACGUCCCUCAAAAACAGUAUUUUUUAAAAUAUAGUGCAGGAUUUCAUAAGCCCCACCCUCUCUGUAAAUCAGUCAGCAACAACAUUUAUGAGAUCUAGUGCAGUACAUAAUCUCCGCCCACUCCGUAAAUCAAUCAACAUCAGUGGUUAUGAGAUAAACAACUGAAAUAUUGCUAGUGCCGUUAGACAUUUUUGCAGCCUGCAAAAAAAGACUGAGAUAUUAAUUUCAGCUUAUAAUAAGAAAUGAAUGGUGUGAUAAGCUUUCUCAAGCCUAAUUAAGAUCAUCAUAAACAGCAUUAGCCAAUCAUUAAGCAUGUUUACAUGCACAUAAAAUGAAAUGUUAUCAGGGAAAUGGCUGAAGUGUUUUGCAUGUAAACACCUUUAUUGUGUCUGUUUAUGUUUAGAUGGUUUUCUUGUGAUAUUGGCUCACUGAUUUGCAUGCAAAGCCUAAAAACAGGGUUAUAGAAUAAGCUUUUUUUUGAUCAUUAUCAGCGUUUCGUUGUACAUGUAAACACUCGUUAACACCGUCAUUUGCAUUUUAAAUGCAUUUUACUCACGUUUAAUGCUGAAUGUCACAUUUCAAGAAGUUUUGCAUUUAAUUCCUGAUUCAGAUUAAAUAGUUUUUUAUUAUUAUUAUUGAUCAUUUGAUUUAUUUUUGGAUUUAUAGUUAAAUCAUCAAAAUGAAACAACACAGCAAUAUGAUUUGUGCUUUGUGUGUUUUAAUCUUUUAGAAACACAUGCAUCUGUGUGUGUGUGUGUGUGUGUGUGUGUGUGUGUGAUUGAAUUUGCUCUUCCUUCCUGAGAAACUAUGUGUGGAAUGUUUGUAAAGCUUAUGUCAAUUUUACGGGCUGAGAGAAUGAAAGGCUGCUGACAAUUAAUUGUCUGACGGGUUAAGAUAAUUUCAUUACAGAGCAUGUAGUUCACACAUGCUGAUCCCUGAGAAACAUACAACA